GGCUUUGCUUUGCUGCCAUUGUCUUCGCACUGAUACCGAGAGCUCUUUAUGCUCGCUUUUCCUGCUGAGGAGCCCGCCGUUGUAAGCUACGUCGUCUAGCCUCGCUGCUUGCUGCUUGCGCAGGCCAACGCUGGUCCCCCCCGCAUGAGCUAGAACCGCGCCGCGGCAGUGUAGUCAAAACCGCCCACCCACCCGGCGCCCAGGUCACGGUAAACGGUGCUUCGCUCGUUCUCCCCCCGUCCGUCAGUGACUGUUCCCUUCUGUGAGUUGCCAACGAUUCAGUUUGCUGGCAGGCCUCAAGGAACCGUCGUUCACAGCAUCUUGCUCCCUAUUUCCCGCACCGUACGACGCGCCCAGCCUCAUCCGCACCUAUCCACGCGUUACCAUGGAGCCAUUGUCAAUCGACUCGGUUGUAGUCAACACUCCCGGCGACAUGACCCCAAGCGGUCCGCCGACGCCGAGCGAGGCUAUACACAUUGAGCGGCCCAAGCUGAAGGGCCGUCAGCGUCUUCUCCAUGGGUUACAACGGAUGGGCUCGUCACCCAGCCUAGCUGGUCUGAGCAGGUCCCGCUCGCACAGCAUGCGAGGAACAACCAAAGCCUCCAUGUCGUGCGUGUCGUUGGCAUCGGGUGCAUCGCCGUACGCUCAAUCGUACGGCAGCUCCUACUCCUCGGAGCUCUCGGCCGGCUUCUCGACGGCUCCCACUUCGGUCGCCAACAGCCCACCGGGCAGCCCUUUGUACGAUGAGAAGGCGCGUUUUCGAAUGUUCAGUCCCGAUGGGCCCUCUACAGCGCCUAUCCCAUCCGAAUUCCGGCCCUUGACCAAGGAUGGGAUCGAAGCGGACGGCGACUACUUCUCGCGGCCGAUCCGGAAGCGCCUGCAACCAAGGCCAAACUUCAAUUUCUGGUCCGACAUGCCGGCUGAGAUUCGAAUGCAGAUCUUGCGCCAUCUCGAGCCCAAAGAGAUUGUACGAUGCUCCGCCGUGUCAAAGACGUGGUACUCUAUGUGUUUCGAUGGCCAGCUGUGGAGCGAUCUGGAUACAUCUGGAUUCUAUCGCGACAUCACUGCCGAUGCUCUGGUCAACAUCAUUACCGCAGCGGGUCCGUUCGUGCGCGAUCUCAACCUUCGCGGGUGCGUGCAAUUGCGAGAGCAAUGGAACAAGAAGGGUCUCAUCGAUGCGUGCCGUAACCUCGAGAACUUUUCCCUGGAAGGGUGUCGGAUCGAUAGGACAUCGAUUCACUGCUUCUUGCUGCAGAACAAGUCCUUGGUACACGUGAAUCUGUCAGGUCUGGUUGGCGCGACCAAUGCCGCCAUGAAAAUACUGGCGAACCACUGCCCGCGUGUGGAGCAUCUUAACGUGUCAUGGUGCAACAACAUUGACACCAGGGGUCUCCGCAAAGUCGUUGAAAGCUGCCCGAACCUGAAAGAUCUGCGUGCUGGAGAGGUACGCGGUUGGGAUGACGUUGACUUCAUGUUUGAGUUGUUCAAGCGCAACACCCUGGAAAGACUUGUUCUCAUGAACUGUGACAGCCUCAACGACGACUCUCUUGCUGCGUUAGUCGAAGGUGUCGACAGCGAAAUAGACCUCCUCACUGGACGACCCAUCGUUCCGCCGCGACGACUGAAGCAUCUGGACCUCACCCGGUGCCGCGGGAUCACCGACGCAGGGGUGAAGAAGCUAGCGCACAAUCUUUCCAACUUGGAGGGCCUCCAACUUUCCAAAUGCCACAGCUUGACCAACGACGCUUUUACUACAUUGCUACCCACGCUACCUGUUCUUACUCAUUUGGAUAUCGAAGAACUGGACGGAUUGACGAAUGAGGUGCUGAAGACGCUUGCUUCUUCAAUGUGCGCACCUCACUUGAAGCACCUCUGCGUCUCGUAUUGCGAAUCGUUGGGCGAUGCAGGAAUGCUUCCAGUCCUCAAAGCGUGCUCAAACCUCUGUUCUCUGGAGAUGGACAAUACCCGAAUCUCCGACCUCGUGCUUGCCGAAGCCGCAUCGUGCAUCCGCACCCGCAACCGCCAUGCGCGAGCACUGACUGGCACGGAGCGUCCCACCGUUGGUCUCCGCAUCGUGGCUUACGACUGCGCAAAUGUGACUUGGACGGGCGUUCGCGAAGUGCUGUCCCGGAACGCAGAGAUCUCGCGCCCAUCGCCCGGCUCACAGUCAAACAUGCCCUCCUACCCGCGCGAAAUUAUUGGCCUCAAAUGCUUCUACAACUGGCAGCCUACGGUUGAAGAGCACACGAAGCGCGUUUUGAGGGGUGACUUUGCUGCAGCUGCACGUCUGGAGCGCAAAUGGGCCGACUGGAUGAUGAUGAAUGAAGAAGCUGGCGUGGGCGGCGCUGGUGCGCGACGGCGACGAAGACGCGCGCGCGAAGCACAGAUGAUGCAUGCUGAUGAGGAAGAGGGCGGCAUCGGUGUAGGCACGGGCGGUGUUGGUCGUCGCCGUCGUGCUCGGAGUGGACCUGGCGGCUGUAGUGUGAUGUGAGCGCCGUUCUUGGGCCUCUUUCCCUUCUUCGGCCUUGAUCUCUCUUCAUAUCUUCAUUCGUCCUUGGUUUUUUUGCUGGUGCUCGUUCGGAUCUGGACAUCCCGCGACCUCGCUCUUCACAUUUUCUCAUUCCUGUCCCUGUCAUGUUUCUCUUUUGGAACUCUCAUUUGUUGAUAGUUAGCGUACGGGUUGGGUUUAUUUUCAUUGGCGCAAUUAUAGAGGUUGAGUGGUUCACUCCCUUUGUUGAGACUGGAGGACAGCUGGUUAGCUUAGUUGCCUAUUUUAAAGUAGCAGUUAUAGCGUCAUAGUACCACUGGAC